AUGACCCGGCGACUCUCGGAGAUGGCAGAGCAAGCUUACCUCGAAGGAGGCCGGUCAACACGCAAGAACCUCUCGCAGGCGGGGUUCUCGGAGGAGCUCAAGAAAGAGCUUGAGGAGAGGGUUGCCGCGGCGGCUUUCAAGAACGAGCAUGCCGCUGCGCACUCUAUUGCUAAUAUGCCGGAAAGCGCCGGCCAAGGAACCCGCGACAUUGCCGGCGCAGCACCCUGGACUGGAGAGGAGAGUACACACGAUGUAACAUUAAGAAUGCUCGACAGCUCCAAGAAACCCAUCCGCACACCGUACAAAAUACCCAAACCAUAUCAGCCAGGUCCGAUUGACACCCGGCUCACGCCCAAACCUCCACGCCACGCAGGCCUGCGCAUUGCCGACGCAAAGGAACGGACGGGAAUAUAUUCGCUCAGCAAAAGUGAAGAUGUCUCUGAGACAGAGCGGGAAGCUAUGCGCCGCGAAAUGCGAGAACGAUUUACACCAGGCGCUCGACCGAUGCCUGCAACACUUCAGGGCUUGGCAUCGCUAGCGAACGAACGUAUCGAGGACGCCGUGGCGCGAGGACAAUUUGAUAAAAUCAAGCGCGGGAAGGGCGUGGGCACGCAGACGGAUUAUAAUGCCAACAGCGCGUUUAUUGAUACAACGGAGUACUUCAUGAAUAAGAUCAUCCAGAAGCAGGAGAUUGUUCCGCCGUGGAUCGAGAAACAGCAGGAACUUGCGCGGGAGGUCGAUCGGUUCCGGCAGCGGCUGAGGGUUGAAUGGCGACGAUAUGCGGCGAGAUUAGUCGCUAGUCAGGGAGGCUCCUUGGAGGCGCAGAUGCGAAGGGCGGAGGCGUAUGCAGCUGCGGAAGUGCGAUAUGCGGCUCGGGUUAAGCUGGAGAAAGCUUUCCUUGACACCGAGUCCUCAUCAUCAGUAGAUGAUACCAGUACCAACACCACAACCUCGACCUCUAUCUCCGAACCAUCCACAGAAUCUUCAGCAACAGAAGAGAUCCUCCACCUCCCACCCCUUCGCGACCCGCAAUACAUUGCCAACGAACGCUCGUUCCUCGAACUCUCCGUGAAAACCAUCAAUGCUCUCGCCCGCUCCUACAAUUUACAAGCGCCACCGGUAGCUCAAAAACCUUAUCUCAACCUCGAACGUGAACUAGAGGCCUGCUAUGCUGAUGUUGCGCCGAGUCUCGCGGAGGAGAUCAGACGGCGUGCCACAGAGAGGGUGCGGAAACCGGUGUCUGUCGGAAUCAAGGCACCCAGUGUACUUGAGCAUCUGGCUACGUCUCAGACGACAAGGGUGUAUGAUGAAGAUGAGGCUAAGGGUUAUGGAUUCAAGCAGUUCUGGCAGGAUCUGUUCUCCAAGAAGUGA